GACACUCCCUGUUUGUGUUUGUUGGGUGCAGUUAUCAUUGAAUUCAACUAAUUUUCUGUGAAGGACGAAGAAGCUCGUGCUCUCGUCUAUGGUGGCUUCGCCAGCGCUCACCACGAACACCGACGAUGCUGCCAUCGCCACCUCCACUCCAACAACCGCGUUACCUUCGUCGUCAAAGACAGGAACCCUUGCGGUUCCCGCGAAUCGUAUGGAGACGCCUUUGCGCAAAUUUCAACGCGGCCAAAACAAGCCAAAGUGCAAGCAAUGCGGCAAUGUCGCUCGUUCUAGGUGUCCCUAUGAAUAAUGCAAGAGUUGCUGUUUUAGGAACCAAAAUCCUUGUCAUAUUCAUGGUUGCUGCUGCUAUCAACGAAUGGAGAUUUUCCAAGUUAAAGGAAUACAAAGACCGAAGCAUUGAAGCGGAAAACGAAGCUCUUGAUCAAUACAUGCAGAAUGUAGGUUUACUGGAAGAAGUGUUAUCUGUUAAGUCUUUGGAUGAUAGUGAACCCUCUGCGGCUGAGCCUAAUCCUCUUGUGAUGGAGGACGAAAUUGAAUCGGAUUAAUGAAGUCAUGGUGUGAGAACGAGAAUACAGCAAAUUGUUGAUGAGGGAUUAAAGAAGCUUCAGAAGUUUUCGGUUACUGACAAUCAAUGAACCAAUCCCUGAAGAAACUAAUUAUGCUUCAAAAAAGGGAAAGUGGACUGAAAGGUUGUCAACUAUAAGUGAUCUUAUUGACAAAACUAAUAAAGCCAGAAGCGAAGAGGAUUUGAAGUCGUGCUUGGAGCUGAAGUUCCGAUUCUUCAAUUCGGAUGAACAUUCUGGAAGAAUACCAUUUCAAGAGAGUGAAACACACAAGAAUCAAGCUUCUGAGAAUCACCGGCAAUUGAAUCGGAUUACUCUGUACCGAAACUGGUUGGGACCACUGAUGUUGAUAAAAAAACUCUCAACACCAUUGACAAACACUUUUCUUUCUUUUACCAUGUGGAGAAAUUAUAAGGGUAUAGUUCUUUUUAAGUAGGAUUUAGCUUUUGUAGAGUAAUAGGAUGUAACUGUUGUAUUGUACAAGGAAAAUGUUAUCUAAUUAGAAUUUGUAAUCUAAAUGGAAGCCAGAAUGAGGUUAAAUGUUCAAUUAGUAUGUCAUAUAG